CUCUGCUCUCCGCCUUUUUGUGUAUCAAAAAUGAAAUCUAGCAUUACUAUUGCCCUCUGCGUGGUAAUCCCUCUCGUCUUCCUAGCGAUAUCCCUAGCCUUUGUAUAUUGUCUACGGCGUCAUCGAAAUAGCGCACAGCAGCCAGCAAAGUUCAAGUACACAGUGUCGGAGGACCUUGAGAAGAAUGAGAAAUCUGCCAAUACUGCUUUUAUUACUGCCGCAAAUACGGUAACAGCAGCAAAGACAGUAACGUCAAUGAAGCCAAGCACUGCGGAAACCUCAAACCGACCAUCCGAAAAGAGUAAUCAACAAUCGAUAGGACAGCACCUUCAGAUGAAGUAUUUCAAGGAUGACCUGAAGCCAAAGAAGCCUGACAAUAGAAGGAAUAAUGUCAAUAGCGCUGCUAUCACCAGCGAUAUUAUGAAUAAUAAAGAGUUAAAAAGCUAUGAACAGAACAAACGCAGAGAGGCUCUCAAUCCGUCCUCAACAACAAAUACAACAACACCAGUAAUCAUUAUCGACUGCGAGGACGAUGGCGGCGAUGAUGAAGAGCCAGCUGCAAGUACAGGUACACAAGAUCGAGACCAAGAAAAUAGCUGCUCCAACAUCAACGUCACCAACGAUAACAGUGCUACCAUGCUGACGCCGGUAUCUGACAUCUCUUCAUAUGGACAUACGUCUCAAGCUUUUGAUGUUACUGUAACUACCAACCGUUCUCAGAGCACUGCAACAUUGGAGGUGCCAUCCUAUAGCUAUAGUCAUUCAUCCUCAAGCUAUAGCAGUGAUUAUUCAAGUAGUUCGUCUUCAUCCGACAAUAGCAGUAGUUGUGAUAGUGGAGGUGGGUCUUACGAUUGAAGC